AUGAACCGUAUUGACGAAUUUGAUGACGAAUCAUUCAACCACUAUGAGCAAAAUAAUACAUCGGGACCGGUGACUGGUGACCCUCGCUCCUCAACCCCGACAUCUCAGGGUGAGGCGAGGAGAAUGAGAGAGCAAAAGGAGAACGAGGCUGCGGCUAAAAUUCAAGCUGGUGCCCGUGCCUACAAGGCCAGAAAGGAGUAUCAGGCUAAAAAACAAGCAAAACAGCAAGAUGAAGAGGCCAGGCGUAGAGAACAAGAUGCACUGCGUCAACAGGAAGAUGAACGUCGUGAGGAGGAAGAGAGACGAAAAGCAGAGUCCAUGUCAAAGAAAAAGCAAAUGGAUGAAGAUAAGGCUGCCACGAAAAUUCAAGCAUCAUUUAAGGGUCACAAAGCACGUAAAGAUUUUAAGGCAAGGCAGGCAACUAAACAGCAGGUAUGUCAUGAUAAACAGUCUAAGAAUGCAAAAGAAAUUGACGCAGCCACAAAAAUUCAGAGUGGUUUUAGGGGAUUUAAAGCCAGACAAGAUUAUAAUAAUAGAAAAAAGCAAGCUAAAGUAACUGAUAUAAAUGAUAAUGAAAAUAAAGGUAUAGUUAAUGACAUGGCGGGUAAGAAAAAAUUGAAUCAAGACGAAGCUGCUGUUGUUAUACAAGCAGGUUAUAAAGGUUAUAGAACCAGAAGAGAAAUUGCUCAGAGAAAAGCUCAGGAAAAAAAUGAGAAAAUUGAAGAGACCGUAGAUAAUAAAAGUGACAAUGAUAAAAAGCAGCAUACAGCUGCUACUCAAAUUCAGGCAAAUUUUCGCGGCUUUAAGGCAAGGAAAGACUAUACAGAGAAAAAACAGAAGGCUAGAGAAGAAAAUGACAAGAAAGAAAAGGCUAGAGUAGAAAAAGAGUCUGCUACAAAAAUACAGGCAUCAUUCAGAGGCUUCAAAACAAGGAAAGAAGUUGCAGAAAAAAAGAAAAAGGAACCACAACUACCAGACCAGGCACCUUCACCUAGAGGAAAAGAUGCAGAAGAUCUUGAUAAAGCAGCCACAAAAAUACAGGCUGGAUUUAAGGGCUUUAAGGCAAGGAAAGAGUACAAUGCUAAGGUAAUUGAAGAGAAUAUUGUGGAAACUGAUAUUGCUCAGUUACCGGAUUCUGCUGUCACUAGGUCUUCAAUUAAAAAGGGUCAGUUCAUACAAGGAGAAGCUGCUUCUAAAAUUCAAAGUGCAUUUAGGGUUUACCAUGCAAGGAAAGUAUUUGAUAAAGGUGGGGAUAUUGAUGGGGAGGGGGAAAUAAAUUUUAAUUUAGAGGUAGAUGAAAGUGUUAAAGCAGUAUUUAAAAGUUACAAAGCAAGACAAAUAGUGAAACAAGUUCGAAAGAAAAAUGCUGCUGCACAUAAAAUCAAGGCAAGUUAUAAAGGGUUUAUAGUCCGCAAUAGAAAUGUUUACCCAAUAAAAUCUGUCAAUUCAUUUCAUUCUGCUGUCAGAGGCUAUAUAACUAGGAAGUUAAACAAUGUCCAAGGUGCUACUCAGAGUACACAUGAAAGAGUAAUGUCUGUUGUAAAUGGGGGAUAUUAUGCAAGUAUAAUACAAGGUCUUUGUAAGGGUUUCUUAACAAGGUAUACUGUCCGUAUUGAGAAUGAAAGGCUUAAGACUAAACCGACAUCUGCAAACUCAAUACAGGGUCCCACUAUGGAACCUGUUACACAAGAAUCAGAUAAUGAAAUCACAUAUUGGCAAGAUACCAAUAUCAAAAUGUACUCAGAUAAAACUAUUCGUAAAUCUGCAGCAAGAAUUCAGGCUGCUAUUUAUGGUUAUAAAACAAGAAAACAGUUCGAGUAUCGAAUAAAAAGUAGGCUUAAAAGAGUAAUUCAAUCUGAAGCUAAGGGAAAUGCAGUGUCUAAUGUACAGUCCUGUUUUAAAAGUUUUCUUGUGAGAAAAAGCAUAAAUGUUGAAAGAGUUGAGAAAGAUGUGUGUGAUAAAGCACAGCCUAGUGAUAAAGAGGUUAAGAAAGUAAUUGAAACAGAGAGUAAUAUAAAUGGUGUGACGAAAGAGAAUGAGAAAUUAAAUGCAAGUGAGAGAAGCAUACUAACUGAAAAUCCAAAAAUAGUUCCACUGAAUUCUUCUCGGCCAACAAGUUCAAGGUCGGAACAAGGUAGUGAAAGAUCUUUAUCAGGGCGAAAGAGGCCACGAAGCAGCAGGCCGCGCAGUGGUAGACCAAGAAGUGGACUGUCUAGACCCUCAAGUCAGUCAAGUUUAAAUGCAGCUGACAGAAAGUCAGCAGAUAUAAGACAUGAUAAUUUACUUGAACAUGAUUUCAAAGAAGAAACACCAAGAAGUUCUACAAAAUUAAGUGGAACAGGACAUAGUGUUAAAUCAGAAACCACUUUGAAUUUAAGUGAUAUCAAAAAGGAACAAGGUCAAGGAAGUGCUAAAAGUUACAGCACAGGGGAAAGUAAUGAACAAAGUAAAAGUUCUGGGUGUGAGGUUGAAAAGGAAGGUGAGAGUUAUAGAGAGAUUGAAGAUGAUGAAGGCGAGUUGAAUUCAAUAGAGAAGAAUGUUAAUGCAGUAGGUCAGCUUCAAGCAGCAUUUAGAGCUUAUCGAAUGAGAAGAGAGAUAUCUGAGUUGUUGAGUGGUGGUGGUGAGUUAAUGGAUAUAACGAAAAUAGAUAGAGCAGUUUCUGCUCUGAAAAAGGAAUUUAGAUUGAGGAGUGCAAAGGUCAGGCGGCUUGGCUCUUACCAGUUUGGAUCUGAAAAGUCUGAAAAACGUGCAAGGUCUGGCCAGAACUGGUGGGAAGAUGAUGAAGAACAAGAUGAAGAGACGUUGCAUGAACAGGAGUAUGACGAUAUUGUUAAUACAAGAAAUAAUGAAGAUGAAAAUAACAGCAUUGGUAAAAGUGAUAAGGAUGUGAUCAAAUUAGAUAGUGAAAGGUCAGAGAGUGCUGUAAAAAUAAAGGCAGCUAUGAAAGGUUAUACUGCUAGAAUAGAUCUGAUUAAAAGAGAAAACAGUCAAUUCGAAGCAAAGAAAACUAUUGAGGCAGCAUAUCGUGGUUACAGGACAAGACUUCAUGAAGAUAGAACAAGUGAGAGUGCCAGUUCAGAGAAAAGUAUUGUUACAAGAGUAAGCAGUGUAAGAAGCUCUGGAAGUAGAACUAGUGACGGGUCUGUGCGGACAGUUUUCCAUGUGCAAAUGCACAGUGAUGCUAUAAAUAAAAGAUGUACCACUCUUCAAGCAGCUUUUGCUGCAUACCAGACAAGAAAAGUGUUCAUGUCUUUGUCAAAGCUUGUGGAAGAAGGAAAUAGAGAAACGGAUAAAGACAAAAAUGGACAGCAAUUGGAAAGAAUGGGAUCUUUAUCAGAGACUGAUGAUUUUAAACUCAGACAUAAAAGUAUUGCAAAAAUACAAGCUGCCUAUGAGUCACAUAGGAUUGCUCACGAAUCAAAAAGAAAAUCCAAAUCAUAUUCAAACAUUGUAAAGUUUUCAGGGUCUUUGAAUAAGCAUAUGGUAUUACCUCCUAUUCAGUCAAGUAUGCAUGUUCUGGAACCUUCUGGUAGACCAAAAUCUGGUGUCAUUAUUAAUCUCAGACCGGGUUCUCAUGCUUCAGAUAGAAAAUCCAAAACACAGCCCGAUCUCUUUAGUAAUUACCAUAAGGCUUCUAAACAUAAAGAUUUAAAUCGUAUUGAAAUAUAUAUCCAAAAAAAAUCAGCUGCUACAAUUAUACAGUCUCAUGCGAGGGCCUUUUUAACAAGACACAGACAUAAACCAAAGACGAGUAAAUCGAAAACUGGGAAAAAGGCCUCUAGCUCGAUUGGUAGGAAAACUCCGGUUUCAGUGAGCUCAAAAUCAAGUAAGGUAACAAGGGAAAGUAAAGAGUCUAAAGAUAAUGUGAAUCGCUCAAGAGAAGAUAAAACAAUGACUGAUAUAGUAAGGGUACGUACGGCUUCUAUAAAAUUAGAAGCUGAACGGAGAAAGGUAAUAGCUGAGAAAAUAAGACUGAAACAGCAGGCUGAAGCGAAAUUAAGAGAAGGUAGAACAAAUAAGGUUAAAAAUGUCAUUGACAAAAAGGAGAAUGAAUUGGAGCGAUCAGAUCCAUCUGCUCGCUUGACACCUAUUCCAUCAGACAGGUCAGCGAAUGCAAAUGACCUUGUGUUGAAAGAACAAGAAGCUGCUGUAAAAAUUCAAAAAGUUUACCGUGGACAUAGAACAAGGAGACAGAACGAAACUAAAAAGAAACUUGAAAAUGAGUAUGAAGACUGGGCUCAUAGACGAACUGACGCGGCAGUUAAAAUUCAGAGCACAUGGAGAGGUUAUUCAGUGAGAAAGGAAAAUUUUAACGGGAAAAGAUGUGAUACUAAAUCUGAUAAGAAUGAAAGUAGGGAGGAUGACUUUUCUCACCUUGAAAAUGGAGGUCUUCUGGUGAUUAACAUAGGUAGAACGAAGUCUGAGAUAGAGAGAGCAAAUAGACUGUAUGAUAAUUGCAGCAUGAUACAGAUGGUGUUUAGAGCAUGUAAAGUCCGUAGAGAUUUGGUUGUAAAAGCAGCCAAAUCGAGGCGUGAGAGAAAUAAAGCUGCAAGUAAGAUACAAGCAUUAUAUAAGGCCUUCUCCACAAGACACGAGUUUAAACAAUCUGUAAGUGCCACAAGAAUACAAAGCAUUGUUAAGGCUUUCUUAGCUAGGGAUAAUAUGGAAGAGAGAAAGCGAGUGUUAUUACAAGAAGAAUUGAAGGCAGCCAGCUUGAUACAGGCUACAUAUUUGUCGUUCAGGAAGAGGAGAGAAAAUGAUGCCUUCAAAAAAGAAAGAAGACUUAAUGAAGCAGCUGAUACAAUUAAAACAGUAAGUAAAGGUUUGUUAGUAAGAUGGGAGUAUGCGAGGAAAUGGGAACAAAGGCAAUUAGAGGCUUCUUAUCAAAUCCAAGCAUCAUUUGUUGGUCAUAAAGAAAGAGGGAGAAUAAAGAAGAGAAAAGAUGCAAGUCGUGCGAUUAUGGCCAGUUUAAAGGCACGUAAAGUAAGACAGAAAAUGCAAGCCACAAGAUCAGUUGCAACAAUUGUUGCAGGUUUUAGGUCAUACAAAGAUAGGCAAGAGGUCCAAAAGCUUAAAGAUAAGAGGAGAAGAGAAAUGGAUGCUGCUUCAAUGCUUCAGGCAGCAUGUAGAGCAAGAUUGGUGAGGAAACAGAACAAGCAGCAAAGAGAAAAACUGGCUAAAGAAAAUAAAGCUGCUAGUAGUAUUCAGCAUUCGUUUAGAGGGUUCAAAGCCAGAAGGACUUAUAAGAAUGAAAAAAUGAGAAAGGAGCAGAUGAGAGAAUCAUGUGCUAUUAAAAUACAGUCUGUAUAUAGAGGCUUUAAGGGAAGAGAAAUAGCAAGAAAAGAAAAACAUAUUCGUGAAAUGCAUCAUAUUGCUGCAGAAAUGGUUAAUUUGAUUGUUGAAAGAACGUUUGAUUAUAUUGGAAAAAGAACUGAUUCCUCUGAAAGAAUUCAAGCUACAGUAAAAGGGUAUCAAACCCGGAUUGACAUGAUGAAUAAACUUACAGAUGAAGGAAAACAGCGAACAGCAGAUGCCACAUUAAUACAGUCAGCCUUUAGAGCGGAUAAAGACAGAAAACUGACAGAUAUUGCAAUUAGAAGAAGAAAAUCAUCAGCCAUUAUACAAGCAUCUUACAGAGGCUCUAAAUAUAGAAAGCUUACCAAUAAGGUUACAAGGAGGGGGAUAAGUGCCACGUUGAUUCAAGCAGUGUUUAGAGCUAAACAUAUUAGAAAGAUUCAAGAUAAAAAGAGAGAAUUUGAACUAAUGAAUGUAUGUGCCACAAUGAUACAAUCUAUUUACAGAGGAUACAGAUGCAGAUCGGAGAUUGAGAAAGAGCGGGAAAUGAUUGCUAAUAUAGAACCACCACCGUCGGCACUUAUAAGUGCUAGAACACGAUCAGGCAAACUGUUGUCUAUAUCUAUGGAUGAAGUUCUUAUGAAAAAUUCCAGAGCUAUUAUUCUGUUCCAUAAGAAGGCUACAGAGUUGCAGGCUGCUUUUAGAGCAUAUCAAACAAGAGUGGAAAUGAAAGAUAGACUUGUCAGGAAAACAACAGUGGCUAAACAAACUCCUAGAAGGGUUUUGAGUGUAACCAAAAGACUGACUAAAGAAGAUUUAGCUGCCAUAUUGAUACAAAAAAUAUUCAGAGGUUAUAGGAAUAGAAAACUUUACAGAACUGCAAUUUUUCAAAGAAGAAGGUUGAGAGAAGGUGCUGCAACUAGCUUGCAGGCAGCUGUGAAAGGUUAUAGGGUGAGGUUUGAAGAGAGCGUGAAAGUUAUGAGGUUAGAGAGAGAGGGGUUGGGUGAGGUGUGGAGAAAAAAGCAAGACGCUGCUAAUGUAAUAUCAUUUGCCUUUAGAAGUUUUCGGCAUAGGAAAGAAAAGAAAGCGUUAAGAUAUGAAAUGUAAUCAAAAGAUAUGACAAUAUGACAAUGCCUUGAAAACAUUAUAAUAUGAAAUGUAUAUGAUAGUUAUGAAAAUGCACUGUCUUUCAAGUUAAGCAUUUUAAAGUGAAAGCUUGUAUAAAAUUUCUAAAAGAAAAUCAUUUUAAAAUUUCAUUCUGACUGGCAGCAAAGUGUGAUAAGGUGAAUAAUAUUGCAAAGUUUUAUCUAAAAGAAACGGAAAGAAGUUGUGUAACAAGGCUAAAUAAGAUGGAAAAUUUUAAAAGAGAUUUAAGUAUGAUAAAUCAUAAUUAGUUGUUAUUGUGUGAACAAACGGGAAUUAAAGACAUUUUAUCUGAAGCAGAAUUGAAUUAUUUAUGUGGUUGAUACAAGACAACUACUUGAUUCCUUGUUAAAGAUUAUGCCAAUACUCAUUUAAUACCAUGUGCUGCAGUGGAAACUUUCUGUAGCUGAAUGAAUUGGAGCACCAUUGAAUUUGUAUGAACUGGUCCUUUUUUGUGAUGUAGUAACAAAACACACACUGUCUUCUAAACAGAUUCCAGACAGAAAUGUACAUCUCAAAGUUUUAUAGAAGAUCAAUGCAUGAUGAAAAUAGUUAGAUUUUUAGAUUUUUAUUUUUUAUUCAAUAAUGAAGUGAAUUUUUGGAAUCUGUUUAAAUAUCACAAGUUCUAGACCAUUGUAUAUUGAUUUUCUCAAGCUCAAAGCAGAGCUGUUCAAACAUGUAUUAUAUAAACAGUUUUGCUAUGAGUUUGUUAGUGUAUUUUUAUUGUUUAUAUAUAUAAACCCUGCUUGCCAAGUAUUGCAUAUAUCUAUUUUGCAUUUAACAUCCAUCCAGCUUUUAUGUUACUCUCUUAAAUUUCUUGAGGUAUUUUUUUUUAUAUAAAUUUAGGCAAUCACACCGGAUGACUAUAGUCUUUUUAUUAUAUGAAUACUCAACUCUUUAUGAUCUUAGCUCAAAAGAAAUUUUAUAAUCGGUUGAAUUUAAACAUAUUCAGAUUAAGGAUUCAUACCGUGUUAAGUCUUAUUUGCAUAUGGUUUUGAUUUAACAUAUAUGUCGCAAGUGUUAUACAAGAUUUGAGUGCAAUAAAUAGAAUGAAUAGAAUAGAAUGAUAAAUUAGAUCCUAGGUGUAAAACUUAGUACAUUGUGAUA